AUGUCACUUCCCAAGCAAUGCUGCGUUAGCGGCUCUCUGCAUACUGGCACUCCAACUGGCACCGUCACCAAACUCCAUGGCCUCGACGUCUAUAUCGCCUCACCUCCGUCCGAACCACCAAAAGGUAUUGUUGUGAUCUUGCCCGAUAUCUUCGGCUGGACUCUUCCAAACACACGCAUCCUAGCCGACAACUUUGCUGCCAAAGGAAACUUUCUAGUUAUGCUGCCAGACUUUAUGGACGGCAAUGAGUUUCCGAAAGAUCUUAUCAUCAGUCUUGACGCACUGGAUGCUACUGGCCUAUUCGCUUGGGUAACGAAAGCAUAUCACUUGGUCCAGAUCAUCUGGCGUGGCUGGCCAUUUUUCAAGAACGACAAGGCACAUCUCGUUCGUCCACGCGUUCACAAGUUCUUCCGUGCUUUACAGCAUUCGCAUCCCGAGCUCCCGGUUGCCGCAGCAGGGUAUUGCUGGGGAGGUCAAUGGGUCGUUGAGCUAUGUACGAAACCAGAUGAUGAUAGUUCGGAAGAGAUCAAGCCUUUUGUGGUUUGUGGAUUCACAGCUCAUCCAUCGCGCCUCAAGAUACCUGCGGACAUUGAAGCUGUUACUUAUCCUCUUUCCAUUGCGGCCGCUGGGAUCGAUCAGCAGAUUCCUGUCGCAAAGGCCAAGCAAAUCGAAGAUGUUUUGAAAGCAAAGACAGCAAAGACAAAAGACCGUGGUGUUGAGCAUGAAUUUGUCUUGUACGAGGGCACUCACCACGGUUUCGCUGUUAGGGCAGACGAAAAAGAAGGACACGAAAGGGAGUGUGGAAAGCAGGCAGAAGAGCAAGCUAUUAGAUGGUUCACGAAGUGGUUCGAGCGUGCUGAUGAGAACGUUAAUGUUACGGAAUGA